AGCUACUUUGCCUCAUCCACAAGCUUUGACGCGUUGAGCGGGCAACCGCACCAAGCAAUAGGCUGCAUGAGCAAUGGAAGGUGCGGCAUUGGCAACAAAGUGUCACGUGUACUUUGGGACGCAAACAGGGAAGGCAGAGGGCUUUGCCCAUGAUCUGUGCCGUGAAGCCAAUUCGCAGGGAUUCCCUUGCGAAGUGUUUGAUCUUGCCAAUUUCUCGCCUGGGAAGUUCAUUACUUGCAAUGUGGCCAUCUUGAUCUUGGCAAACACAGGCGAUGGCGAACCUACGGACAAUGCCACCGGCUUUUACAACUGGCUUAGGUCCUGCCGAAAAGAAGACCAUGCGUUUGCACAACUUUUCUACACAGUGUUUGGACUUGGAGAUCGUCAAUAUGUGCAUUUUAAUCGCGUAGGGCGAUUUGUUGAUGAGCGCUUGGAGCUUUUGGGCGCACAGCGCAUAUACCAGCAAGGCACUGGAAAUGAUGGUGGAACAAUCCAGCAGGAUUUCACAGAGUGGAUUCAUGGGGGCCUUUGGCCUGCCUUGGACCCGAUCCUUGCUCGCACUGGUGACGAUUCACCGGAGCUUCCCCUGCCGGUGUUAGAAGCUCAGGCUUCCUUUGAUUCUUGGCUCUGCCCAGCCCAGGAAAAGCGGAAUGCGCCCUACUCUCCGAAAGAUGUGCUCUCUCGCGCCUAUUUUGAUUCUUAUGAGGUGAGGGUCUUGAGAGUAGGGGAGUUGCGGCAAGUACAAUCUGUAGCUGAUGGAGAAUCCACAGUUCAUGUGGAGCUUGAUGCAGGUGCAGACAGCCAUUUGGAUUACCAUGCAGCAGGAACCCUUGAAGUCCUACCUCAAAAUGAUAUGCAAGACGUGGAGCAAAUACUUCCAUUGUUGUGGAUUCCACAGCAGAGCAGGACUGCAGUACUCGCGGACUUGGACAGCAUGCUUGACCUUCCUGGAGCACACAGAGGCAGUGGCGCCAAAGUUGCGUUCCCAUUGCCUUGCUCGCUGAAGGAUGCUCUGGUGAAAUAUUGCGACCUCAAUACUGCCCCAACACGGCAAAUGUUACAUGCCUUGAAGCCGCACUUCAAACCAGACGUUCAAUUCCGUAUCGAGAAGCUCUUGAAUGAUUGCUGGGCCAUGAGUGUGAUUCAGGACCGAGCCCUUGCAUGGACCCAAUUCGAAUUCUGGACAUCUCUGGAAGCAACGCCUUUGCCGCUGGGGGCAUUCUUGCAGUAUUGCCCUCGUCAGCGGGCAAGGCCGUACACCAUUGCGUCAUCCCCAUUGCAAUCAGCUGGCAUUCAGAUAGCAGUGUCUCUUACGAGCUGGCCAAAACUGCACCUUGAUGACUUCAUCGAAGCCUUGCGGGCAAGGGGUAUCAUCUUAACUGCCACAAAUUCUGGUUUGCAGCGCAAGGGCCGGCGCUACGGCUUGUGCUCUUUCUGGAUGUGUACCCGAUUGCGGAAAGGUGAUUUGGUUGCAGUCCGCGUUCGACCUUCCAGCUUCCGCUUGACUUCUCGUGAUGUGCCUGUGAUCAUGAUAGCAGCAGGUGCUGGGGUCGCCCCGUUUCGAGCCUUUUGGUCAGAGCUCAGAUAUAGAGAGGCACCAGCCAUUCUUCUCUUUGGCUGCAAGCAUCCUGACCGUGACUGGAUUUAUCAGAAAGAGAUGCAGACUGCAAGGCGUCACAAUAUACUUGCGGAGCUCAUCACUGCCUUUUCUCGUCAGGAUGCCGCUGGUGCCUUCGUUCCCACUGUUCAGUGUGGCAGCUAUGUUCAAAGAAGAUUAAGAGAAAUGCACAGCCGUGUAAGAGAGUGGGUCUCUGCUGGAGGCAUUGUCUACAUGUGUGGUUCAACAGCCAUGGGCAAAGCUGUGCUUGAGGCUCUCACGGAAAUAUUUGGAGAUGAGAGGAUUCUCCAAUUGCGUCAGGAAGGGAGAAUUGUCCAAGAACUGUGGGGAGAUACAUUGCAUGUGUCUGUACCUCUCAAGCCGCCUGCAAAACGAAAAUGUGUGGAAGAUGUUAUCAGGAAGCGACGCUCGAUUUUCCCAAAAGACUACACCGGGGAGGCCGUUGCUGAUUCACAAGUGCACCAGCUUUUGGAAGCAGCGCGAUGGGCUCCCACCCAUGGAAAGACUGAACCCUGGCGAUUUGUGGUGUUUGCCGCUGAGGGCCGCCUUCGGCUAAUUGAGGCAACACUUUCAUUCUAUUCAAGUCAGAGCCCUUCCUUUUGGGCUCAGGCCUGGAAUGGUGAGUUCAAAGGUUUCCCGGAGUUCAAAGCCCAUGUUGACAAGCAACGCUCGGCCAAGUGGCUGAAAUGCUCUCAUCUCAUCAGCAUUUGUAUGCGAAGGCAGCAGUACCAGGAAGGCAAGAGACUGUUUCCCGAGCAUGAAGAGAUUGCCGCUGUUUCCUGCGCGGUGCAGAAUAUGCACCUUGAGGCUACUUCCCUGGGCGUGGCCGCAUACUGGUCUUCGUGGUUUGAACACUUCACUGCUUCUUCUGAUGGCAUCCAUUUUCAUGGCUUGAAUGCACAAGAAGGAGACAAAUGGUUGGGAGUGUUCUGUAUUGGCCACAGUGACAUUGCUCAUCGGUACAGAGCCUCUCGUAGAUCUGUGGACGACUUUACGCAGUGGCGGUCCACUUGAUCUUUUUGAUCACUGGCCAAGUAACGUGGCAAAGACUGCCGCCGACUUAGAUGAGUAGUGAUGGGUGCCUAGCCGAAGGCCAGGUUUGAUUUCUGGUCGAUUUUUUGUGUUUUGGCAUAGUGCCAGCCUGGUAUAGCCUGGAGAGUGUCAAGACACACAUGACCGUGGCUGGCUCUUGGCCAACAGAGCGCGAUUUUGGCAGAUGCCAAACUCGGCUUGAAAGGCCCAUUGAGUUGCAG